UCAAUACAGCAUCCUCAUCUAAGCUUUCUUGUUCCUUAGAUAGGAUCCUUCGUUCGUAAGCAACAUUAAAACUACUCCACUAUCCCCCAUAUCAUCCUAAUUAAAAACCUCAUAAUCCCCCCUUAAUCCUCCCUCGGAUUUCACACGGUUAAUUUAUAUCUUGAUUGGAUUAUUGGCUUGAACUCGAUUUCCCCCCCUGAUCAUGUCGAUGCUUGAUUCUUUCUUCGCCAAGGGAUUUAAAGGCUCUAAAUGUAAAACGUUACUGAAACUUUCGAUUCCGAGAAUAAAGUUGCUGAGGAAUCGGAGGGAGGCUCAUAUUAAGCAAAUGCGUAAGGAUAUUGCUAAGCUUCUUGAGACUGGUCAAGAAGCUACUGCUCGCAUCCGGGUGGAGCACAUUGUAAGAGAAGAGAAUAUGAUGGCUGCACAAGAGAUCAUCGAAUUGUUCUGUGAGCUUAUUGCAGUCCGCCUUCCGAUUAUCGAGUCUCAGAGGGAAUGUCCACUAGACUUGAAAGAGGCCAUAUCUAGUAUUUGUUUUGCCGCACCGAGAUGUGCAGACUUGCCUGAGUUGCUGCAAGUUCAGAUGUCAUUUGCUUCCAAGUAUGGGAAAGAAUUUGUUGCGGCUGCUACGGAACUUAUGCCAGAUUGCGGUGUUAAUCGGCAGUUGGUAGAGUUGUUGUCUGUCCGUGCUCCUUCCCCUGAAAAGAAAUUGAAGUUGUUGAAAGAAAUUGCAGACGAGCAUGAAUUAGAAUGGGAUCCGUCUCCAUCUGAGUCUGAACUUUUUAAGUCCCAUGAAGAUUUACUGAGUGGAUCAAUGCAAUUUGUCAGUGGCUCUAAAGUUCCACUUCCUAAAGAGAAGCAUGAUGAAGUUAUACAAUCUACUUCGGUUCAAGGCGUUUCUGAGCUUUCUGAUUCUGAAGAAAGCUUUGACGAAUUAGAAUUUCCCGAAGUUCCCAAGGUAUCAUUGAGGCCAAGUGCUGAUGCAGAAGUACUUCCGGCACCACCACACCAAAGUGAGAUACAUUCUUUCCCGUUGCAACAGUCUAACAUCGAUCCUGAGGACAACUUACGGUCUAUCAAGCAUGAGUCGCCCAAGUCUUCAGUGACUCCUGGGGAGAUUAAACAGUUUUUGCCAUUCAUUUCACACCCAUCCUCUUUGCCAUCAGCAUCACUUCCUGUUAAAGAAAGCAGUUCAUCCCCACCUCCUUCAAAGGUCAAACGUGACGUUGACUUUGAUUUUCGUGACGUAUUGGCUGCUGCAAUGGCUGCUGCUGAUUCUGCUGAACGUGCUGCAGCAGCUGCUCGCUCAGCUGCUAGUCUUGCAGAGGCCAGAAUUUCUGAACUUUCCAAGAGUAAGAGUGGCACCCAGUCCCCUGAUAGUGAUGCUGAAAAUCCAUUUCAUGCUAGUAGCGGUAAUCUGUCAGCUGCAACUGAAAAAUUAAAGCUGGAUGACAGAAAUGCUUCAGGUGAUGACGAUGUUUCCAAGCUUUGGAUCCCUGGUGGAGACUAUGGAGAUGACGAGAAUUCGAAUGGUUUAAGACAUGCUACUAGUGAUGAAACUAGACUGGAGUCUGAAUCUUUCCCUCACGGAGACCAUACUUUUAAACCAGAGCUCCCACACCAUCAUCAGCCUCAAAGGAUACCAUCAAUGGAUGAUGAUCCGGAAUACUCAUAUCCUAACCUGUUUUCUUCACACAGUUUUGAAGACAACUCUCAACCAAGGCAUGGGUCUUGAUACUCUUAAAUGCAUAUGAACGAGAAUUUCAGUCUUGCAACUACCUUCGACAUCUUAUGCCUGCUUAUUAUUUCUUAUUCUUACACUUUCUCUCAUGUUUCUUUCAUGAUCCAGUUGUAAAGUAAUGUGUGCUGUCACCCAAGUGACGACUAAUGGGUUUCGUUAAUGCUAUAGCCUAUAAAUCUUCGUUGCUUCUGCUGUGGAUGCCUGAAGAGAAACUUCACGUUACAGUUCUAUAAUUAUGUACAGUAUCUGUAUGCUACAUGUGGAUUGAUUUUGGAUUUGUGGUGUUCAGGAAAUGGUAUCACAGAGUUUCAGUAUUA